AUGCGGCCGCGGGCACUUCCCCGCGACCCCGCCGCCGGCCUCGGGAGCGCGCCUCCGUCCUCUCUCCCACCUGUGGAGGCCGGUGGCCGCGCAUCGUGCCUCCUCCCGCACCCAAAAUUUCCCGCAGCCUUUCCACCCCAUCCCCCCGAGAGCGCGCACCCGGCGCGCGUGCACGAAGGCGGUCGCCGCCGGGUUCAGCAGGUUUAUACCGGUCCAAAGCGAACUGAAAAACCGGAUCGCGUUGUGGUUCCAUCAUCAGAGGGAGUUGUUGAAGAGGUAACUUCCACAGGAGGAGCAUUCUUGCCAUUUUCAAAAUGCUUUGUCUCUUUCUUUCCCCUCUCCAUCUCCCAAGGAAAGACAACAGUGAAUGGAGAAGAAGUUUGGACAAUACUAGAAAGCACAUUAAUCCCGAUUUAUAAGAACAUGGGACUUUUCCGUAUGAAGGCGUCCUUCACAAUUGUAUUCAUCAGUGGAUUUCUUUAUUUCAACAUUGACUUCAAUACAGCUCAUGCUGGUGCAUAUUCAGGAAAGCCAAACUUCAUCAUAAUACUGGCUGAUGACAUUGGAUGGGGUGAUCUUGGUGCAAACUGGCCAUUGACUAAGGAGACUCCAAAUUUGGAUAAGAUGGCUAAAGAGGGCAUGAGGUAUAAGAGUGUUAAUACCAUUCACAAAGAAAUCUCUAAACAUUUAGCCUCCAUUUUUCUACAUUCCUUUUUAAUUUUUAAACUGAUUUUCAACUCUACCUUUUUAAAUCUCUAAUUUCUAUCUUAAUUUAGUAAGGAGAGCUUUUCACUCAGUUGUUCUUCCACAACUCAAAAGUUUGAGUCUAUAAGUGUGAGGCUGGGAAAACACAGCAGGUCAGACAGCAUCCGAGGAGCAGGUAAGUCAGUAUUUCAGUCCGAAACCCUUCAUCAGUCCUUACCAGUUGACUUACCUGCUUCUUGGAUGCUGUCUGACCUGCUGUGCUUUUCCAGCCUCACACCUACAGACUCUGGCUUCCAGCAUCUGCAGUCCUUAUUGUCUCCAAGUCACUCAAGUGUUUGAUAUGUUUUAUAUUUCUGUUAGUAUAAUCGCAGCAAUAGUGUAAGAAAGUCCUGUUUGCGGAUAUUUGGUAUAGAUAAUGUCCUAGCUGGAGUGGUCUGAGUAUUGGAGAAUCGUGGAUCCCUUAAGUCUAUUUUAUGUUGGAAAUUAAUGCUGGUUUAGGUCUGUUAAUGUGAAUUUCAGUGCAUGGUUUUGUGCAUGUUGUUGAAGUGUUCAUGUUAAUAAACUCCCAUUGACAGCUCCAAGUAUUCUCUGAGACCAUGCUUAGGUAGAAUGUAAAUAUCUCUUAAUCUGCUUUAUAAACUUAACUCCAAAAAAGAA